CGUUGUCAAUCUCUUCGAGCUGCUUCUCGUUCACGUCGAUCAUUCCACGACUGACCAAUAGGAACGCUCUGUGAGGGGCACUUGUCCCGCCCCUCCGGGCGGGCCUAUCCCCGUUGCCGUUACGCACGGGAGGCCCGUCUGCGUCUCGUGCGUCAGGUCUCAAUCCGAGUUGAUUUUUUUUUUAAAGCUUUCCGUGUGUGUUUGUGUAUUUUUGUGUGUUUUUAAUACUUCUUGUUCGUGGUGAAUUUGUUUUUUAAUAUUUAUUUUUAAUAUAUGUCUAUAAAUAUUCCGGAGAAUAUUAUCUCACGGUAAUAAUUAUAUUAAAAAGAAACGAGGGAGGCUGACCUCUGGUGUGACAAAAAAAAAACGUACGUUUGCUAAAGGAAGCGAUAUAAAAUAUAAACAAAUCAACCGGAGAGAGGUGCUGGAGUGUGCGUGUGUGUAAGAGGUGGGUGAAAUAGAAGGACAUUCACACACACACACACAGAGGGAGAGACACGGCCACGGAAAAUACGGGCCAAAGCGGAGAAAAACCGCCGGAGGAACUUUGAACCGUGGAGAAGCCUUGGAGAAUCAACACUACUGUGAGAAAAGAGGAUACCCCGCCAACGGCACGGAGGGGAAAGGGGGAGGGGGGUGGGUGAAAGUAUCCCGAGUCCUAACUCAAUCCCUCCCAUCAAGCACGGAGGAGACACACGAACCUCCAAGAGGGCCUGGAAGAGCGAGAGACCCCCCCCCUCCCCUCGACAGCCAGCCGUUUGCGGAGCCCCAGUCCGGCGCUGCCCGAGCCGCGACGCCGCGCCACGCCACGCCGAGGAAGCAACAUCAUAUCUUACACUGAGGAGAGGAAACGCUGACUGGGAGCACAAACCUUGGAGAAGUGGCUGACAGACAGAAGCACCAGAGGAGUGGCACUUCACUGGGAUGUUCUAGAGACGGGUUGCUUCCUGUAACAAGAUUCACAGGCUGGAAUAACAGGCAGUUGCCCACCCAACCCCUCCCCACACUCCCACACACCCCUCCAAAAACAUGUGAGGGCCUCCUGGCUAAAGCGGGGAACUGAGAGUUGUUACAGAGUUGGGAAAGGCUGCCGGUGCUGCCGCUGGCGAGAGCGCGGGCGCGUGUCGAGUGUGAGAGCGCGUGCCGGCGUGGGGACACCAUGAUGUUCCGAGACCAGGUGGGCAUCCUGACGGACUGGUUCAGGGGCUGGAAUGAGUGUGAGCAGACGGUGGCGCUCCUUUCACUGCUCAAGAGAGUGACCCGCACCCAGGCCCGAUUCCUGCAGAUCUGCCUGGAGCACUCGCUGGCCGACUGCACGGAGAUCCACAUCCUGGAGGCCGAGGCCAACAACCCCGCGAUCGUCAGCCAGUGGCACCAGGAGCCCAAGGAGAAGGUGGUCUCCCUGCUUCUGUCCCACCUGCCCUUGCUGCAGCCACGCAACGCUGAGGCCAAGUGCGAAUACAUGAAACUCCUGCAGAAGGUGCUGAGCCACACUAUCGAGAGCAGCCUGUUCGUGGAGGAGAGCCGACAGCUGCUGUCUUAUGCUCUCAUCCACCCUGCCACCACCCUGGACGACCGCACCUCCCUAGCCAUGUGGCUCAACCACCUAGAGGAGCACCUGUCCAGUGGCUACAUCCCCCUCCGGCCGGCCACCAUCUACCACCCCCGCCAGGGCUCUGACGAGUGGGCAGCUGGCCAACCUGAGCCCCUGGAUCCAUGCCACGCAUGGCAGGAGAAGGCCCCAUCCUCUUCCUCCACCUCGUCUGCCGGCCAGAACGGGCAUCUGCCCUUCCACGCCCCCACGUCUACUUCUUCCACGAUCAACAAUAUAACCGGCAGCAACACAGUUCUGUCAAGCCAGAUCCACCCCAGCCCCCUGAAGAGGUCCAUGUCCCUGAUCCCUUCAAGCCAGCAGGCCUGCGGGAGCGAGUGGCUGAGCCAGGAGGAUCCAGGGGCCCGGCCAGCCUUUGUGCCCUCUGACCACGCUCCCCUGUCACCCCAGAGCAGCGUGGCGUCCUCGGGCAGCGAGCAGACCGAGGACCAGAACACUGCCCGCAAUACCUUCCAGGAGGAGGGCAGCGGGAUGAAAGAUGUCCCCACAUGGCUAAAAAGCCUUCGUCUCCACAAGUAUGCAUCAUUAUUCUCCCAAAUGACCUAUGAGGAAAUGAUGAUUCUGACAGAGCAACACCUUGAGUCACAGGUUUGGAAUGUUACAAAGGGGGCUCGGCAUAAAAUUGCCCUGAGUAUCCAGAAGCUGCGAGAGAGGCAGAGUGUGCUGAAGUCUUUAGAAAAGGAUAUCCUGGAGGGAGGCAACCUUCGUAAUGCCCUGCAGGAGCUGCAGCAGAUCAUCAUCACACCCAUCAAGGCCUACACCCUGCCUGCUGCCACUACACAGAAAGAGGCCGAGCCCACUGCAGAGGCUUCGGACAAGGGCACCAAGCCAGGGGAGGACAAGGAAGCAGCAGCUGAGGGCUUCCAAUCCCAGAAUCCCUCUCCUUGUGACGGGGAGUCCUCAACUGCGCCCAUUGGAGAUGGGGACAUUGCUGGGCAAUUCACCAGGGUCAUGGGCAAGGUGUGUACCCAGCUUCUUGUGUCCAGGCCAGACGAGGAGAACAUCAGCUGCUAUCUACAGCUCAUCGAGAAGUGUCUGGUGCAUGAAGCAUUCACAGAAACCCAGAAAAAAAGGCUGGUAUCGUGGAAGCAACAGGUUCUGAAGUUGCUCCGGUUGUUCCCUCGGAAAUCCAUGCUGGACAUGCCUGGUUACCGACAGAAAGGCUGGGCGUAUGGGUCGAACUCUCUCCCCACAGCGGGUUCUGUGGGCGUUGGGCUGGGACGCAGAGGGCAGAGGCAGUUUCAGAUGCCCCCUCGGGGGCUCCCCCCCACUAGGAUGGGACUGAUUAGCCCAGCAAGCAUAGGGGGUGCCUCCCCACGACACACCCUCACCAGCCCUGGCCUUGGGGGGCAGGGUAGGCAGAACCUGUGGUUUGCCAACCCUGGGGGCAGCAACAGCAUGCCGAGCCAGAGCCGGAGCUCGGUACAAAGGACACACUCUCUCCCCGUCCACACGUCUCCUCAGACCAUGCUCAUGUUUCAGCAGCCUGAAUGCCAAGUUCCUGGUACGGAUCUGGAGAUCAACCCAACGCUGGAGUCGCUGUGCCUCAGUAUGACGGAGCACGCCUUAGGGGAUGGAAUGGACAGGACAUCGACAAUAUGAAAAUGAUUAAAAAAGACAGACACUUCACAUUCUAUAAAACACUUUGGAUCCUGCAUCGUUCUUUUCACAGAAGUGGCGCAGGACAAAUUGACCCUCAAAAGAAGAAAAAAAGUAAAGAAAAUGGUCACUACAAAAAGACAAAAGUAUACAAAAAAACUAACUGUGUAUAUGUUCUCUGAUAUUUUUGUACUUUAUUAUUCUUAACUGAGGUUUAUUAUAAGAGAAGUACAGAUUACUACAAUAUUAAGAGAGAAAAUUACUUAAACAAAUUGCAAGAGUUUUGAAUGCUACAUUGAUUAGCAAAGCCAACUACUCAAUAUGUCUCCUUCUAUAGAUGUACCACAAGGUAAAAGGAACAUGGAAACAGUAUAGUGUUCAGGGGGUGAUGCUGAUGGUCCUGGUUUGUGCUGGUCUUGCAUUUGGAAAGGAAGGGAGGAUUUGUACAACUCCAAAGGUAUUUUGGCAGGGAUGUUCUUCAAGCAUACCUAGACCACACGUCCUCCUUGUAGCCUGGUGAAACAGACCAUGAGAGGUGGUUGCAAUGUCUCCACUAUUGGGACUUGCCAAGGUAUUCCAUAGUCAUCUUUACCAAUUGUUGAAAAAUUAGCUUUUUUGCAAAUGUUGGAAUUCAUGAAGUUUCGUAUUUUUUUCUCCAUUCUGUCCCUUAAUUAGUUUUAGUAGGAGAUUUAUUUGAGACUAUUUCUAUAAAGACAUAUGCUGCAACCAGUAGCUCUUCUGGUGUACAAUGCUGUGUUUAUUGCUUUAAUUAAGUUGGUAACCCAAGUCAUUGGUGAAUUUAGUGUUUUAUGAGCUUGACUGUAAUGAUGAAAUGGAUUUUCAGUAAACCUGCAUCAAUUUACAAAACA